GUCAGUAAUACAGAGCACGUACGGUGUCAUCUUAUAAAGCUGCCCCGCCCUCCCUUGCCUUCGCACAGCAGCACUAGCUAGUUGCUAACUUUCUCGCUCAUCCCCCAUGGAUCGUCAGCAGCAGCACAUCCAGCUCGCACGUACUUCCCGUGGCGCGCCGGCGGCAAAUGUGACACCGCCGAUGCAGCCGCAACAUGAUGGUGCACGCUUGACCAGCAUGUGCAAUUUCCUCCAUCUCGCUGUCUACAAAGGGCUGAAGGUGGAGGUCAUGGCGCAGCUUCCGGAACAACACGCUGCUGCGACAGAUUCUCAAGCCACUGGGGCGUUCAUUGUGAACCUGCAAGAAAAAGAGUUUGAAGUCUCCGAGACAGGCAUUCUUAAACAUGGACAGUGCAACAUACACGAGGUGACUGCAGGGAGGAACACCGUUCUACAUGUUGCUGCGGAGCGUGGGCACCAUGAGUUGAUCCAGGAGCUCUACCUCAGGUUCAGGGAUCAGGGCGUUCUCUCUCGCCGGAACUCAGCGCUGGACACGCCGCUGCAUUGCGCGGCAAGGGCUGGGCACGUCAGUGCCGUCACGAUCCUCGCCCAGGUGGCCAGGGACUGCGGCGAGAGCACCCUGCUGGGAUGGAAGAACGAGGCAGGGGACACAGCCUUGCACCUGGCGGCAAGGCACGGACAUGGCGCUGCGGUGGAGGUACUGGUCUCGGAGGCGGCAGAGUCGGCCGCCGAGCUGAACAACGCAGGCGUGUCGGCGCUGUACUUGGCGGUAAUCAGCAGGUCGGAGCAAGCAGUCAGAGCGAUUAUGGCUUGCAGGGACGUGUCAUCUGCCGGGCCGAGCUCCCAGAAUGCUCUGCACGCAGCCGUCUUCCAGAGCUCAGAAAUGGUUAGCCUGCUAUUGAAUUGGAGGCCGGCUCUGGUGGACCAAGUCGACUGCAAUGGCAGCAGCCCGGUCCACUUCGCGGCAUCCGACGGCGACUCCACCAUCGUACAAGCAAUUCUGCGCGCCACGCCGCCGAGAACACUGUACAAGAAGGACUCGGCCGGUCUGUCGGCACUUCACGUCGCGGCGAGAAUGGACCACAGUGCCAUAGUGGCUGACAUGGUAAACAGCUGCCUCGACGCAGCCGAGCUUCGUGACGACAACGGCAGGACCUUCGUGCACACCGCGGCCAGGGAGAAGCGCUCCAAGGUGGUAUCGCUAGCCACUAGCAACCCCUUCCUACACGGCCUCCUAGACACGCAGGAUAAGGACGGGAACACACCGCUCCACCUCGCCGUGGCUGCGGGCGCGCCCGGCGUCGUGGAGGAGCUGCUACGCAAGGGCAAGGUGCGGGCCGAUGUUUUGAACAACGAUGGGCACACGGCCUUUGAUCUCGCCGUGGGAUCAACCAAUUUCUUCACCCUGGUAAGCCUGGUGGUGACGCUGGUCGCUUACGGGGCAACACUCGGACCGCAGAGGCAGGACCACCUCAAUCGGUGGAGCGGCAGCGACACGGCGCGGCAGGGGAUAGAAAAGACCUCCGACAGCCUCGCCGUCGUAGCCGUGCUCAUUGCCACCUCCGCCCUCGCCGCUGGGUUCAACCUGCCCGGAGGGUACAGCGAUUCCACGGGCAAGGCAAUCCUGUCGCGCAAGGUCACCUUCAAGUGCUUCCUCUUCUUGGACGCACUGGCUGUGGCCACGUCCGUGGUCGUGGUGGUCCUGCUUGUCUACGGGAAGGCGUCUCGCUCCGCGGGCUCGUGGAAGAGCUUCGUGGUGGCGCUCCACUGCAUGUGGGUGUCGCUCGUCAGCCUUCUCUUGGCCUUCUACGCGGCGCUGGCAGCCGUGUUGAGCAGUAAGGCGGGCUACUUCUACCUGCAGUUGGCCAUCUACUUUGUCAUCAGUUUCCUGAGUCAGUUCAUCGUCAAGUGGAUCGGGCCUGACACUACGCUGCGCACAGUCUGGAGGUUUCUAUGUCAGCACAAACGCUUGAAAGGACAACGACAUGCCAUCAGGCGGCAGUAUCCGCUCGCCAGAACUAUCGUAUGCAACUUGAUUCUGUUUGAGUUUACAAGUUUCUUAGCUAUUGUCGGUCUUAUAUUCAUAUUUGGAGUAUCACAGUGGGAGAGGUGACUGGCCACUUCACCUGCACCUUCUCCGCUUUAGGAAAUAGUGCAUCCUUGGUUACUUACGCUGUACCACAGCCCCUCGGGGCCGACUAUGUUGUGGUCGGUAUAGGUCGUUGCAAGGACAAAUCAUCGGUUGGUAUAGAGUUGUGCCGACCCCAGCUAUAAGCCAUUAUAAGUGGGUUCGGUAUAAAUCUAUACCGACCAACACAUUUAUACGGACCAACAGUCCGAUGCACGCUAUAGAAAUAACGACCAACAAUCCAACAAGAUCUAUUGAACUGAACACAACAUAUAUUUACAUGUUUCUGUAUGAAAUUGCCUGAAAAUUGUUCUA